CUGCUCGGCUGCAUUCGCUCGGCUGGCGGCGGAGGGAGAGGUUAGCGCCUUCCUGAGCUCCGCCUCGCUCGCUCCGGCGUGGCCUGUGGCUCGGACGGCGUCGGAAGAUGCUCCUAGGGAGGCCAGCGCAGCAGCAGCAGCAGCGGGGGCCGGGUGGCUGGGACCGCUGCCGGGUAGGCGAGAGGCUGCAAGCCGCCCUGGCCGGCCUCCAGGAGCUGCAGGUGCUGCGGGAGAAGCAGCGGGCGCUGGUGAGCGGGGCGCUGGCCGAGCAGCCGACGGUCGACGGCAGGCAGGCGCGCAGCAAGGAGCGGCGCCUCGAAGCCACCCUGAGCGCCUUGAAGGAGCAACUGUCACGUCUGAGGAGACAAGAUGUUGGGUUGAAAGGCCACCUGGAUCAGCUGGACCAACAAAUUAGUGAACUGAAGUUGGAUGUUGGCAAGACCUCCAUUGAGUAUCUUGACAGUGACAGCAGACCCAGCUCAGGCUUUUAUGAUCUGAGUGAUGGCGGCUCCUGCUCCCUGUCCAAUUCCUGUACAUCAGUCUUCAGUGAAUCCAUCUCUUCUUCCCAUGCCAGCCUCUUGCCAAGUUCCCAGCACCCCAAGACCCGUCUCAGCAUCUUCGAUUACCGCCCCAAAUCUGCGGAUGAAACCACAGUACAUAACCAGUUCCAGCAGCAGGGAGCCUACAUCGGUAAUGAAUGCCAAAUCAAAGGUUGUCCUGAUAUUUCUGGAACUCCUACCAGGUCCAGGCCAAGGCCUGUUUCCACAGGUGACCUUGAAAGACUCGCCCUGGCAGAUGCAGGAUAUCCUAAAGUAACUGACCCCAAAUCCUUUCCUCUGCUCUCCCCCGAAGGGGAAAUCCAGUUCUUCUGUGUGGACCCCAAAUACCAGAGUGACUUGGUCUCCAAAAGCGGGAACGAAGUGUACCCUUACCCUAGCCCUCUUCACGCUGUGGCUUUACAAAGUCCACUUUUUUCCCUGGCUGGGCCCCCGUCAGAAAAAGAGGCUCGCCCCUUGCCUAACAAAGUUGCCCCUCACACUGUUGGGCCCAGUUUGAUUAGGACUCUGCCCGUUGCGGAGUCCAGGCCAGGAGGUUACAUCAACAAACUGCUCCAGCUGACACGCUCCAGAGGAAACAAUCAGGCGGACGCCGGUGAGAGGUGUCUAACAAAGAGCCAGCCAUUCACAAUGCUCCAGAGGCUCAUUAUAAUCCCCAGCCCUGGUGGAGUGAAAAUCAACAGCAGUGGCAGCCAGAUGGAAAAACAAGGGAGCUCACUGCAUGGUAACAAAGCGGAGGGGAAGCUGCGGAGGGGAAUGCCUGAAGGGGAAUGUGCCAAACAGCAGGGGACUCAGCACAGUGCAAAUGUUGAGCAGGCGGCUGGCCCGGCCCAUGCAGAGUCUCCGCUGGCUGUGAAUGGCUGCUACUCUGCCAGUUCGUCAGCAAGGGAUUCUCCUCUGACCGAAGCCGGAGAAAGCAGCCUGGAACGCAGCUCUUCCAGCUCCCAGCUCGGAACGGAGGAUUCUAGCCUGAGCCCCGCAAACACGAAUGUCGCCCCAACCAAGAAAUCUCACAAGAAGCCUGUCAAGGCAGGAGGCCACGACCUAGUGCCUCAGGGUGGCUUUGUUCAUGCCAAGUUUGUCCCCGCAGAAUCCCAUCAAGUCAGGGUCAGGUUUGCCAACUCUAAAACGAAGCCUGUGAAGGUGAAGAGGAGAAGCAGUGAGAAGGUACCGAGGCCUGGGAAGCAGGCUUUCUUUGUGGAGAAGGCAAGGGGACUCCACCAUGUUGCUGCCAGGCUGCCCGUUGAGUGGAGUCUGCCUCAGAGGCAGCUCAGAGGAAGGAACCUCAUUCGGAGGCCUACUUUUGCUGGGGAAGCUACAGGGAGGUCUUGCUCGGAGUCCAGCCUGUACCCUGUGCCAUUCAGACUCCCUCAAGUACCCUCUGGGCCUGAACUCUACCAGGCCAAUGCCAUGUAUUCUCUCGAAGCGGCCUACAUAGACACCACCAACAAGAAAAAGCAGCGUAAGUGGCAGUCUACGGUGGAAAUCUCAACGAAAACCCAAGUGGCCAGCCUUUCAAGUGGCUUUGCCUUGGGGCCACCAAGGCAGUCAGCACGGAGAGCAGGGAUUACACGCUCUGUCACAAUGAGGGCCCGUUCCAAGAACCGCCACCCCUUUCGCCCUGGCGCAUAUGCCAGAAGUGAGUCCGAUCACUCUGAAUACUCUGCAGAGUGUGCCUCCCUUUUCCACUCCACCAUUGCAGAGACCAGUGAAGGGGAGGUCAGUGACUAUACAGCCAACCGCUUUGGGGACAGCGAGUCCAGCGAAAGUGAUUCAGAGGGCAGCAGCAAUGGCAGCAGCCUGACUCUUGACUACGACGAUGAGCAUGAACUGGUCUGGCCAGAUUCUUCUCCCAGGCAGCCAGCAGCUGUUCCGACUUCGUCCAAGUCUCUUCCUCCGAUGCCCAAACUCUGUCGUAUCAAAGCUUCAAAGGCCCUCAAGAAGAAGAUUAGGAGAUUCCAACCGGCCUCUCUGAAAGUGAUGACCAUGGUUUGAAGUGAGAGGGAGCAUCUGUUUUGUCAGCUGCCUCUGUUUGCAAAACAAAGGAGGGGAUUGAGACUUAAAAAGGAUUCUGUUAAAUGAAAUGUGAUGAAAUCCCUAGAUUGCUGGGUAAAGGACCUUUUCUUAUUUACUAAUGCCUUUAUGGAUGACACUGCUACUCUUUACCUCUUUCUGUUUUUUUUCUUUUGUGUGUGUGUGUAUGUGUGUAUGUGACUUGAUACC